UCUGGCGCUAGCCAACGCCCCUCAUUCAAUCGGGUACCGACCGCGAGCGAAGUAUUGGUACGUUAUCAAGCACGGCAAGAUCGUCUCUAAUCGUCGCUCAAUAAGCACGUGCAUUUCGCCAUUGAAGCCACCCGAUCGACUCUCUUCCGUCCGCGGUUCGGUCACCCCUGGACACUGCUCGGGCAUGGCGGGAACGGCGAAAGCCAUCAGAAUCGGCAUCAUCGGAGGCAGUGGUCUCGACAACCCGGACCUCUUGGAAAACCGUCAGGAGCACAAAGUGACCACGCCAUUCGGAGAGCCCUCUGAUGUUCUUAUAAGCGGACGGAUUGGUGAUGUUGGCUGUGUGCUGUUGGCAAGGCACGGCCGCCAGCACUCGGUGAUGCCGUCCAAAGUUAACUACCGGGCCAACAUCUGGGCGCUCAAGAAAAUAGGCUGCACGCACGUCAUUGCCACGACCGCCUGCGGCUCCCUGAAUGAUCGUGUGAAGCCAGGCCACAUUGUUCUUCUCGACCAGUUUCUAGACAGAACGACCAAGCGGGCAACGACCUUCUACGACGGCGAGAAAGGCUCCCCGAAAGGCGUCUGCCACAUACCAGCUGCAACACCUUUCCACGAGGGUCUUCGCCAGGUUCUGAUCAAGACCAUGCGAGCCAUGAAGAUCGAGUUCCACGACGCAGGCACUGUGGUGACCAUCGAGGGCCCACGCUUCUCAACCCGCUUCGAGAGCUGCCUCUUCCGCUCCUGGCACUGUGACGUCAUCAACAUGACCACCGUGCCCGAGGUGGUGCUUGCCAAGGAAGCCGGCCUGCUGUAUGCCUCUAUUGCCCUGGUGACCGACUACGACAGCUGGCGACUGGACUUGCAGCAUGUGGACGUGACAGCGGUGCUAGAGACGAUGAAGUGCAACAGUGCUGUAGCCCUAAAAGUCCUGCGUGCUGCGCUGCCCAACAUUGCCGCCAUUGACUGGAGUGAUGCCAUAAAGGAGGCACAGGAAGAGGCCGAUCGGGCGGUGAUGAAGUGAAGCGGGAAGACUCGAUUCGCUGUUCAUAUUUAUAUAUAUAUAUAUAUCUUUUUUUGGUUAUUGCGCGACACACAACAAUGCUAAUCUGUACACUGCUAGACAAAUAAAACAGAUAGAAUGUGGGACCCAAAGCCAGAGGAGUGGCCUCCCCUCUGCUUAGAGCC